UGACGGCUUUUCGGCUUUCGGGGAGCCUUCCAAUCGAAAUUUCGGUAUCGGAAAUCAGUCAGUUAUUUGGCACAGCUUGCUCCGAUCGGACGGCAGGGGAUUGAACAAUCGUGGUAGGCUGGCGGUUUUUUGUUUUAAAAUUUCGGUGUCAGUAUGAAGGAGAUGGUAGCUGUCAAGGAGGACGCACCGCCGAAGCCACCGGCCAUCGUAUCGUACGCCUUCGAGAAGGAGACCAUCAAUAAGCAGAAUGCGUACAUCAAGGUGACGGAUAACUUUAUGCCGAAUGUCAAGCGGGUUCCGAUAGCGAUCAAGUUCUGGUCCAAGUACGAUUCGACUACGGCCGAGGCGCAGAGCAAGCUGGAGAAUAUUGACAAGUACAUAAGGCUGCUGGAGAAAAAUAUCGUGGAAGGUCCCAGGGAGAAGUAUCAGGAGCCAAAGACCGAGAAUCAGAGCUACGGAUGGCACUCGGAACCGUUUUACCUGCUAGGGCCGGAGGAAUGUCAUCUGCAUUAUCACCCGAAGAAACGGCAGGAGAUUACCAUCAUCGGGGAGAAAAUAAACGCCGACAAGAUUACGCAGAGGCCUCGCUUUACCGGAUUACCGUUCAAACUUCCCAGUUGAAAAAAUUUUGCUUCGCUAAAUAAAUAGUUAUAUUCUAACAAUACAUUGGCUUUGAGCUUUGUGUUUCUAGUGGAGGGGCGGAGGGUAUUCGGGGUUCGAUUUGACCCUGAUCCAUGGGCUGGUAGGUUACUUCCACCGGAGAGCGUGCCGCCGUUCGAGGUCCUAUAAAGCUGAGUAAAACGGGUAGCAGC